ACAAUAACAAUUAAAGUAUAAACCCAAAAAUUGUACAAUUUUUGACAUAUCCCAGUUUAAAGGACAAUUGAAGCAACUCACACAAGAAAGAAAAGCGAAAAGGGUAUUUUUAAAGUCGUACUAGAAAAUGUCGUGGCUAAAUCAAAGCCUCAGUAAUAUCAAGGGACAGCUGACGAAUUUGGCCCAGGAGGUAUUGGCCGAUACAGCCGGUCCGGGGGAUGAGGAUUAUCAAGGACCCGAACAGAAGACAGCUCUCGAGCUCCUCGCCGAGACGCAAAAACAGAAAGAGCAAUUGGAUCGCACAUGUGAGGAUAAGGAUCGUGAGAUUACCGCACUUCGAAAGCAAAUUACCCAAUUGAAGCAAAUCAAUCAACAAAUCACCGACACUGGCGGAGGAGUAGGAGAAGUUGACAGAGUUGGAUCCACAAAAAAAGCAUCAGCAACAGCAGCAACCACAGCAGAAGCCACCGAGAAAUUGAAGCCCAAAUUGGGUCCUGUUGAGGAGCAAAAUGUGGAGGACAGUUGGUGCUGGGAGCCAGACGAAGGAUCCGACGAUAAUGGCAAUUCUGGUUCAGGCAAAGCCUCGUCUGGAACGGGGGAAUUGGAAAUGGUUGACAUUGCAUUGGGCAAUGCGACCAUUGGCUCGGAUGUGGCCCAUCUGAAUUUACGCAUAGCUGAACUAGAGCAAUUGAACAGUCAACUGAAUGCCUCGCUAGAGGAACUAGACGCCCAGCAUGAUCAGGCCAUGCAGGAUGUGCUGCAACAUAAAGGCCAAUUGCAAGGACAACUACAGGAAAUGAAGCAAUUGCAAGCGGAUCGUAUGGUUGCCCAUGAAUUGGCCAUGGCACGGCUGCAAAAACAGGUGGAUGAGCAGCAAAAUGAUGCCGCCAACAUGGCCGAAGAGAAGGAGCAUCUGGUGAAGCGUGUGGAAAUGCAGGAAGCGGAGCUCAAGCGCAGUGUGAUGGAGUUAGCCGAGAUGCAGGAGUUGCUGGAGAAGCGGGGCCAGGAUAACAGCGAGCUAAUCGAACGUGUGCGUCUUGCGGAUGCAGAGCGAGAGAAAUUAAUCAAGGAAGUGGACGAAUUGAAGCAGAUGAAGGAGAAAAAGAAUUCCGAAUCGUCAUCGAAUAGCUCAUCCAUGGGUGGCAAACACAGUGAGGAUGAGUUCAUAGUGGUACGUCAGGGUGGUUCACCAGAUCCAGAUACAGGCGAUACAGAGGCCGAUACGGAAGCCACUCUGCCCCCCAGCAAGGAGAAGCUGCGCGAUAAGCUUGUCUCGCUGGAAUCUCGCAUAGCCGAGCUUAGUUUGGAAAACGGCAAGCUGCAAGAUGCUCAACUGGAGAAGCAAUUGUCCACCAGCCUCUUGAGCGAGCAGCUGUCCGAGCUGGAGACCAGACUCCGCAUUAGCGAGGGCGAGAAGGAGCAGUUGCAACUGGAAUUGCAAUGCAAAUUGCAACAGCUGACCCUACAAAACCAAGAGCUGAAACUCAACGCCGAGGCCGAACAGGAAACCCAUGCCCAUGAUCUGGAACAGCAAUUGGGAGCUUUGCGCUCCGAGAAUCGUGAUCUACGCCAAGAACUAGAGUCCAAUAUUGCCCAGGCCAAGUUCCGGCAGGCCAUUGCCGAGGAGAAGCAAGAGGUAACCGAUCUGGAUGAGGCGGACAAUGAUAGUGACCAUGCCCCCUUUGAUCUGGAAAAGUUACGUCAUCUCCUUCAAGCCGAACUGGAGGGACAUCUAGAAGUUGACUCCGAACCGCAGCAGACACUAGAGCGUGCCUAUCGCGCCCUAACCGAACGCUGGGCCCGUUUGGAUGCCACCGAGCAACGUCUGGUGGAGCUUCAGGAUCAGCAACUGAUCACCGAGCAUGAGAAGAAAACGAUCGAAGCGGAUAUAUCUCAGUAUAUACUCCAAUGCGAUGAGCUGAUGAAGAACAAUGAGUUGCUGCUCAAUGAGCUGGAUAAAUACAAGCGCAACAAGCUCGAGACCAUCGAGGAGCAUCACGAGGAAACUAUAGUCCAGUUGGAAGCCCAACUGGAUGAGGCACGACAUCGCCUGGAGGGGGAGAAAGAACGCUAUAGGCUAGCCCAGGACAAUUUGCAGGAGCAGCACAAAUCACAAUUAGACGCCCUGCAAUCCCAAUUGCUGGCUUUUGAUCAAAAAGAUGAGGAACAAUCAUCAAGCAAAGAAUUGGACAAUCUCAAGGAGCAGCUGGAAAGGCAAAGUGUGGAAAUCAGUGAACUGACCACUCAACUAAGAGAUCAUAAAGUCCAAUCGCAGCAGCAAACGGAGCAACUGAAUCAUCUGAGGACUCAGCUAAAUGAAAAGCUAGCGGCAGAGCAGAAUGUCAUCAAGUUGCUGGAAGAGAAAUCUCAACAGUUGAAGGCACAUUUAGAUCGCCUGGACGAGAAGGAGUCGCAAUUGGAGAAAGUGAACCUUGCCAUGGUCGAACUGGAGUCCACGUGGACUUCGAAGCAUUCCCAGACCGAAGAACUAGCGAACAAAUACAAAUCCCAGCUAGACGCCCUGCACAACGAGCUGCCCGAUCAGAUCUCUCAGCUGACCAAGCAACUCGAGGCCAAGCAACAACAAUUGCAUCAUCUUCAAGAGCAACUCGAUCUAAAGUCCUCGGAGGAUCAAACGCAGCAACUUCAAUCAACCAUUGAAGUGCUGAGCCAAGAGAAAGCCGAAUUGAUCAAAGUGCUUCAGCAGAAGCAUUCAGAGAACACGCAAUAUUAUGCCGAAAUCCAACGAUUGCUGCCCUUUGAGAAGCAAUUGAUGGAACUGGUCAGGGAGCGUGAGAAACUCAAUGAUCAGAUUGCCUUCCUCAAGGAGAAAUCCGAUAUUUUGACCACGAACCUGCUAACCGAACAGACCAAUCAACGUCUGCUGCAACAGCAGCAAUUGGAGGCCCAGGAGCAGCAGGCCACAGUUCAAAAGGAUUUGGAACGUUUGCGUGAGCAUUUGCUCAAAGUGGAGGAGCUGCAUACCCAGGAAACAGUUGAGUUGCAGCGUGAUCUAGAGGAGUCCAAGAGCAUACAGGCUGCCCUACAGCAGGAGGUAUCCAAAUCGAGUACAGCCUAUACAUCGGCAAGUAUACGUGCCAAUCAGCAAGCAGAGACUCUACAGGCUCAGCAUGCAUUGCUACAGCAGCAAAGGGAUGAGCUCCUGGCCAAAUUGAGUGCUUGCGAGGAUCGUGAACUGAAACAAUUGGCGGCACUUACCAAUCUCCAAUGUGCCCUAGAGCAAUUCCAAAAUGACAAAGAGCAUGACAUUGAAUUGGCCACACAACGCAUACGAAAGGAGAUGCAAUUGCAGUUGGAUAAACAGGGUGCCAUUCAAAUGGAAGUGGCUGGUCUGCAGCAACAAUUGGCCGAGGCCAAUCAGGGCUUGAGGGCGGCAGCACGUCUUUCCGAUCAAUUGGAAUUGGGUCAACAGACCAUUGCCGUUCUACGGGAUGAAGUGGAGAGUCUGAAAGAGGCCAAUGCCAAGCUGGAGCAGAGCUUGAGCAGCAGCGAGUCGAGUCAAUCGGACAAGAUCGACAAGAGUCUUAUCAAAAGUUUGCUAAUUGGCUAUGUGGUCAGUGGUCAUGCCGGUGAUAAACAGCAGGUUCUACGCAUGAUAUCAUCGGUGCUCGACUUCAAUGCCCAAGAGUCGGACAAGGUUGGACUGAAUAAACCGCAGAGCAGUUGGCUGGGUUCAAUACUUGGUGGCGUUGGCUCCACCUCGGGCGCCACAACGGGCUCAUCCAACCAGGGUCAAAAUGAUAAUCUGGUGCAAGCCUUUGUCCAGUUUCUGGAGCAAGAAUCACAACCGCAAGUUUCGGUGCAAUCGAGGCCCACACUGUUGAGCAUAGCUGGCCAAGUGACGGACGGUGCAACGGGCACCUCCGCCUCCGCCUCGUCCUCCGCAGCAAUGCCCGCAGUGGUUGCAUCUGCUGCAGCUCCAGCACCACCAGCAGCAAACAGUCAAUCCCAUCCUAGUGACCAAACGCCCUCAAAUGCCCCACAAUCGAUGUUGCUUAGCUCCAAUGAAUUUGCUCCCACACGCAAUUCUAGCUCGAUAUUAAAGGAUAUUCUCAGCGAUUCCUGAUUAUUGUAGAAUAUAAAAUUUUCCGUUUUGUAAUA